AUGGCUUCUUCAACUUCAGACGACGACUUCAUCACCGUCGUAUGCAGUAACCCCAAUCCAAUUCAAGCAAACACCACCAGCACCGAUAUAGAGAUUCUAAUUUCAGUCACGAAUAUCCCAAGGUGGGAUUUGCCAUCAAUUCUCUGUCACCAAACAGUCAAAGUUCAAGCCCAUCGGAACAGGUGCGUGGUGGCUAAUUCAACACUCAUCGUAUUUCAAUGGCCUCCUAAGUGGGAGCUUCAAGUAAUCAAUUUCGAUCACUUUCUUCUUGUGAAACUGAAUUCAACGAAGCCCGGAACUUGA